AUGAAGAGUGCCCAAAAGCUUUCCCAGCUCAAGUUUUCCAUCAUAUCCGCAUUCUGCACGCACUUUCGUGUAGGAGAAAUAUACUCGAGCUCCAGCUCCUUCAGCUUCCCGUUUUCUGAUAGGGUCAAAAUUGCUCGGGAGACAUCUUCCGUUAUAGGCGACCCUUUCUGGAAUACCUGCUUCGACAAAAUUAUGCAAACAUAUUUUAUUCAGUCGAAAAAAGUGACGACUUACGAAACCCAGUCCUCCGAAUCUGUCUCCAGCAACACUAGACGUGUUGCCAGAGACAGUGUAUCCCGUGCAGUAGUGAUUAAGGAAAGCCUUCUGAUAAGGAAGCUCGAGAAAAGCUGCGGAUAUGUUGCCCGUCUCGAAUUCCUUUGGAUAUUUGUAUUCACUGUCGACAGUCCUGAUGUUGUCCGGAUGAAAACCGAGCACGUUUUCCAAGUAUUUGCGGACAAACGAAUCCCCAUCACACCCGAUUUUUGC